AUGAAAACAUUGUGGGAGUGCAAAUAUUUCGAACCUAUUUCUUAUGGAGAACUUUUCACAUAUACUACUGACUUAUAUAAACAGAACCUUGCACCAUUUAAAGAUUUGACAUAUGCUCCAAAGUAUUGUGUACAACUGAAGAAGAAAGCAGAGUCAAAAGAAGUAAAUAAAGCUAAAUGUAAAUUCAUACCUGAGCACGUUUUCUUUGCUGACUUUGAGUGUAGUACGGAUGGCUUUCAUAAAGCUUUUAACAUCUGUUAUGACAGUGAAGAUGGUUCAGUUAGUGAAAGCAUUUGGGGUCAAAACUGUGCAACAGAAUUUUUGGAAAGACUUCCUGACAAGAGUUUAAUAUAUUUCCAUAACCUCAGUUAUGACAUAAACUUCAUCUUAAGACACAUGACAGAAGUGAAAGGAACUCCCAUCAUUAAAGGUUCACGAACAAUGCAAAUAACUGGUUUAUAUAAAGGACGGGCAAUUAUUAUAAAAGACUCUUACAGUGUUAUAAAUAAGAAGCUUAAACUAUUUCCUGCUAUGUUUAACUUACAAACAGGACCGAAAGAAGUAUUUCCAUAUAACUACUACAGCAGUGUUUUGUUAGCAAAUGACAACAGAACUGGUGUCAUUUCUGAAGCAUGUAAGUUUAUCCAUGAUGCAGAUACAUUUAUGAAGAACAUAGAUUCCAUCAAAGGUUGCAGAAUAGAUGAAAACCACUUCGACUUAGAAAAAUAUAGCACGUUUUACUGCAAACAAGAUGUAAGAAUUUUAAGAGAAGGUUUUGUAAAGUUCCGCAAUGACUUAUUGAAAGAGUUUGAUUUAAACGUUUAUGACUACGUUAGUAUUUGUUCUAUUGCUAACAAAUUGUUUGAGAACAGAGUAUACUUCCCGAAUGGAAAUCUUUAUGACCUCUCAAAUAAACCAAGAGAAUUUAUUUCGAGAUGCAUUCAAGGUGGAAGAUGUAUGUUGUCAGAUAACAUGAAACAAAA